AUGGAAGGAGAUGCAUGCAAUAACACUGAAGUCUGGGAGUGGGUUUACUCCAUGCAGCCCACCUACAUGGCGGUCAUCUGCGUGCUGGGAAUGAUGGGCAAUGCCUUCGUCCUCUGCGUCCUCUGCCUCCAGAGGGAACGCCACACCGUCGCUGACAUCUACCUCAGCAACCUGGCGGUGGCGGACCUGGUCAUGGUCUCCUGCCUGCCCUUCUGGGUGGUGACUGUCGCCCGCAGGUUCCACUGGUCUUUCGGCGUGCCGCUGUGCCAGGUGGUGGGCGUCGGCAUAGGCAUGAACUACUACUGUAGUAUCCUGCUGCUCACAGCAGUGAGCGUGGACCGCUACCUGGCCCUGGUGAGGCCCAUGUCCUUCGUGAGGCUGAGGAAUGCGGCCUCGGCGAAAGGAGUCUGCCUCAUCAUCUGGGUCGCUGGGUGCCUGCUCAGCCUGCCCGCUCUGCUGUUCCGCACCGUGAAGUUCUUCCCCGAAUUAGGGGUGGAGGCGUGCUACGUGCACUACCCCCACGAAGGCUGGAGGGUCCGCUACAACAUGACGGUCAACGUUGUGGGCUUCCUGGUCCCCGCCCUGGUGGUGUCCUAUUGCAGCUACCACAUCAUCGCCACACUCAAGAACAAUAGGAUGAGGAAGUUCUCAGCUGUGAGGACGGAGAGAAAGGCCACGCAUCUGGUACUUGUCAUCCUCAUAGUUUUUAUCCUCUGCUGGCUGCCGUACCAUAUAGUGAUGCUCCUGGACACCUUUGAUUAUUACUUUGCCAUCUCAGAUUGCCUCUGGACCAAUGCCCUUGACAUCAGUACCCAACUGGCUACAUACCUUGGCUAUGGCAACAGCUCACUGAAUCCAUUCCUGUAUGUCAUUGUGGGGAGACAUUUCAGGCAAAAAGCUAAAGGAAUGUUUAAACACAUUCUUAACCGAUAUGAGAAGGGUCACGCCUUGCAAACAGUCAAUUUCACCUCAACAACUAGAUACAAUGAAUCCUCUAAUCUGUGA